AUGGAGUUAAAGAACUAUAGCAGCAGCACCUCGGGCUUCAUCCUCCUGGGCCUCUCCUCCAACCCUCAGCUGCAGAAGCCACUGUUUGCCAUCUUCCUAUUCAUGUACCUGGUCACUGUGGUGGGGAAUGUGCUCAUCAUCGUGGCCAUCCACUCUGACUCCAGGCUCCAUACCCCCAUGUACUUCUUCCUCAGCAACUUGUCUUUCAUGGAUAUCUGCUUCACAACCGUCAUUGUGCCCAAGAUGCUGGUGAAUUUCCUCUCGGAGACAAAGGCUAUCUCCUAUGUGGGCUGCCUGGCCCAGAUGUACUUGUCCAUGGCCUUUGGGAACACUGACAGCUACCUGCUGGCCUCCAUGGCCAUUGACCGGCUGGUGGCCAUCUGCAAACCUUUCCAUUAUGAUGUGGUUAUGAGUUCACGGCGUUGCCUCCUCAUGCUGUUGGGUUCUUGUACCAUCUCCCACCUACACUCCCUGUUCCGGGUGCUACUCAUGUCUCGUCUGUCUUUCUGUGCCUCCCACAUCAUUAAGCACUUUUUCUGUGAUACUCAGCCUGUGCUAAAACUGUCCUGCUCUGACACAUCCUCCAGCCAGAUUGUGGUCAUGACUGAGACCCUUGCUGUCAUCGUGACCCCCUUCCUGUGCAUCAUCUUCUCCUACCUGAGAAUCAUCAUCACAGUGCUCGGAAUCCCCUCUGCAGAAGUACCAUCUGAAUUAUGUGGAUAUCAAGGAGCAUUGAUUAAUUCUGAUGUUCAUUAUUGCACUGUCACCACCAUCUCUGCAACUAUUAACAUGAGCAGGAGAGGACCCUGA